GGUAUGACAUCUAUACAUUUCAUUAGGGCAGAGAAGUACAAAGUAAGCUAGUGGAGGAACAGGAGAAAUGUCGAAAUUUCCUGAAACUGAAAGCUAUGUGGCUCACGUCCUAUCUUUUACUAGUCCUCAGGAAGCAUGCCGACUGUCGCUCAUCUCUCAUACAUUUAACGAAGCCGUUAAUUCCGACAUCGUUUGGAAUAGUUUCCUUCCUGCCGAUUAUCAGUCUCUUGUAUCCCGAUCGUCUGAUUCUUCACUGCUGGCUUCUCGCCUUCCCAGGAAAUAGAUAUUUCUCAGCCUCUGCAACAAUCCAAUUCUCAUUGACGAUGGCAAAAUGAGCUUUGCGUUGGAUAAAUGGACUGGGAAGAAAUGCUUCAUGCUUUCUGCAAGGGAUCUCAAGAUUAUUUGGGGCGAUACUCCUGAGUAUUGGCAAUGGAUCUCUGUACCCGACUCCAGAUUCACAGAGGUGGCGGAGCUUAUUUCUGUGUGUUGGUUUGAACUACGUGGCAAAAUCAACACUUGCAUGCUAUCCCCAGCAACUUUAUAUAAAGCUUAUCUGGUGUUCAAAUUAAUUGGAGCUUAUGGAUUUGAAGGCCGACCAGUAGAGGGCAUAGUGGGACUUGCUGGGAGCGAAAGCAGUAAGCGUACCAUUUAUUUGGACGAUGAAGCAUCUGUAUCAAAUGUAGAAAACAGUGAAAACUAUCCAAAAAAGAGAGGAGAUGGAUGGCUGGAGAUUGAAUUGGGCGAGUUCUUGAAUGAGGAAGGCGACCAUGGAGAGCUGGAAAUAAGUGUUUUAGAAGUGGAGCGUCUUAACUGGAAGGAGGGUCUGGUUGUUCAAGGGAUAGAGAUCAGACCUAAAACGGAACAUAAAUAAACCAAGGGCUGUUAUAUAUAUAUAUAUAUAUAUAUAUAUAUAUAUAUAUAUAUAUAUAUAUAUAUAUAUAUAUAUAUAUAUACGUGGUGAUUUACGUGGUGAUUGUUGCAUUGCUAUGUAGAUUUCCUUUUGUUUAUUGAAUCCUGCAUCAAACUUCACAUCGGUAUUUAUGAAGUCUUAGUGCUUCGAUUAAUUAUACCUAAUAGCCUAUUAAGAUUCCAUUUUAUAUAACAAAAAAUGCUAUACAGAGAGAUUAUUAAAUGCUCUCAAUGCA